AAUGGAACAAAGAGAUGCAUAGUCAAAUGUUUAGACUAAUGGUGCUGUAUUAGCAACAGAGCAUGGAGGAAGCGAACAAAAUAAAUUACUUCCCAAAAUGAGUGAAUCAAGUAGUCCUAUGAAGACUGAUCUUUAAAUAAAUUAGAACAAAGAAAUAUAUACUGAUGAAGAAAUGAAAAACUUUACUAAGAGAGGAAUAAUCUCAUUGAUAGGAGGUGUAAUUUUACAUUUGGAAUUGGGAACUUUCUAUGUUUGGGGAUCAAUAAGUAAUAAAUUAAAAAUAAUUUUUUUAGGUCCAUAUGUUUGUGCUUGGAUGAGAGAAAAAGAUAAGGGAGUAACAUUAAAUUUCAUGGCUAUCAUCUUUCCAAUCCUUGGAGUAAUAACAAUGUCAGUCCUUUCAUUUGGAAUAAAAAUAGCUGAAAGAAUUGGAUUUAAAGUUACAAUAGGAAUAGGAUCAUUCACUAUUGCACUUGCUUUCUUGAUAAUCUCUUUUAUCUAAGAAAUAGGAGGGUUUAUAGCAGUCUAUUGUAUAAUGGUUGGGAUAUCUGGAGGUUUAUUAUAUAUGCUUCCAAUAAUUUGUGGAUGGAGAUACUUUCCUAAUAGAAGAGGAUUAGUAUCAGGGAUGACAAUUGGUGGAUAUGGAUUUGGUUCAUUUAUCUUCAAUUUUGUAUGCAAAGCAAUAGCAAAUCCCAACAAUCUAAAGCCUACAGUAGUGGAAGUUGAAGAUGGAAAAGAUGUGAAAUACUUCGAUAGUGAAGUAGGAGAUAAAGUACCAUUAAUGUUACAAGUCCUUGCUGCAAGUUAUCUUGGAUUGGGCAUUAUAGCUACAAUAAUGAUCAGGUAUCCAUCUGAAAUAGAUCCUGAUAAAAUGUUGGCUACAUUAGAUGCUGAAGAAUUAAAGAAGAGAAAGGAAGGUGCUCCUGCUCCUGCACCUCCAGUAUUACCAGCUCAUAAAGAAUGUGUAGAAAUGUAAGAUAUAAUAAUUAAUAUUUUAGUGGUCGAGGCAUGAAACAUCCAUCUUUUAUAAUUCUCUAAUUAAUUGUUUUGAUGUCAUGUACUUUUGGUAUGUUGAUAUCAAAUUGUUACAAAUACUAUGGUUUAGAAUUGGGAAUAGAUGAUGCUACAUUAACAGCAACUGGUUCUGUUGCUGGAGUAAUGAAUGGAUCAUCUAGAUUCUUUUGGGCUACUUUAACAGAUAAAACAUCAUAUAAAUUCACAUUUACUCUAAUUUCAAUACUCAAUCUAAUUACAACUGCCAUUUUGCCAUAUAAUAAAGAUGGCAUUGGUUAUCUUUUGUUGAUUGCUGUAGUUUACCUUGCUGAAGGAGGAUUGUUAGCUACUUAUCCAGUUAUUUGUGCUAAGAUAUAUGGAAAGAAGAUAGGAGGUUUAAUGUAUGGAUUCAUGUUCUUCUUUGUUGGAGUAUCAAAUAUGAUUGGAUAUUUAUUAUAUGCUUUUGCUAGAAAAAAAAUCAAAUGGGAAGGGGUAUUUUGGAUUUGUUUUGCAUUGAAUGUUAUUGGAAUAGUUUUGGGUUUGAUUCUUAAGGAAGUUGGAUAUGAUUGGAGAGAUUAGAAAGUCAUAGAUGCAGAAAAGGAGAAGGAGAGAGAAUUAGAAAAUAAAGGAUAAUUGGCUAUAAAUCAAAAUUGA